ACACAAAAGAUUCAAAAAAGCAAAAGCAGAGACAGAGGAAAAAGCUUGAACACCAAACCACACAAUCAAAAUUUCACAAAUCAUCUUUCCAUUUACCCAUCCCAAAAAAGCAGAAAACACUCCCAUUAAGCAAACUUUAAAGCAAAAUGCAAAGCCAAAGCCAAAGCCAAAGCCAAAACCAAAACCAAAGCAAAACCAUCACAAUCCCACUCCUUAUAUACCCUUUACGCUCAUUAGUCUUUCCCUUUUCACCACUGCUGAAAACAUGUCGAAUGAGAUUGUCCCUGUUGAUGAUCCCAUUGAAGAACCAAAACCCAACAAGAAACCAGUCGUUUACGAUGAAGAUGAAGGGAGUGAGGGUGUUAUAAAAUCACUUCCUUAUUAUGGUGAAAGUAGUAGUAGUGGAAGUGGUGGGUAUGUUCCUGAAGUGUUUAACAGUGAAAGUUUACCUCCUACUUUGACUUCUGAAAUCCAAAGGUUUCUUAGAGUUGCUAAUAUGUUGGAAUGGAAAGCCCCUCGUGUUGCUUAUCUUUGUCGUUUUCAUGCUUUUGAAAUAGCACAUAACUUGGACCGUAAUUCAACAGGAAGGAAAGUUAGACAGUUUAAAACCGUGCUUCUUCAAAGGCUUGAACGUGAUGAAGAAACUUCAAAAACAACCAGGCUGGAACAGAGUGACUCACGAGAACUUAAACGUGUUUAUGAUGAAAAUAGGAGAUAUAUCAACCAACAUGCCGAAGCAUUUGACUUGGAAAAUAGUCAUGGAGAGAAGUUGCUAGAUGCAUGUAGAAUUGCUUCUGUGUUGUAUGAAGUACUAAAGACAGUUAUAGCUGGUCCUCAGGCCCUUGCUGACAGAGAGAGCAUUCAAGCUAGAUCUGAGUUGUUUGCCUACAAUAUUCUGCCACUUGAUCAUGGAGGUAUUCAGCAAGCAAUUAUGAAAUUUCCUGAGAUUAAAGUUGCUAUUCAAGUUAUUCGUAAUGUCCGUGGUUUACCCUCAACCCAGAACCUUCCAAAACGUGGGACUUUCGUAGAUUGUUUUGAAUUUCUUCAGUAUUCUUUUGGGUUCCAGAAAGAAAAUGUAGCCAACCAGAGGGAACAUCUUGUUCUACUCCUUGCUAAUGUCCUUUCUCGGCACUCUCGGAAGCAAGCGUUGGCCUUGAAGACAAUUGAUGCGUCUAUUGAUGAGCUAAUGAGAAAGUUUUUCAAAAAUUAUACAAACUGGUGCAAAUUCUUGGUCAGAAAAAGCAAUAUCAGGUUGCCUUGUGUCAAACAAGAUGCUCAGCAAUAUAAAAUUCUAUAUAUAGGUCUUUAUCUUCUUAUUUGGGGAGAGGCUGCGAACCUGCGAUUUAUGCCAGAAUGUCUUUGUUAUAUCUUUCACCAUAUGGCAUAUGAAUUGCACGGUAUGUUAACUGGUGCUGUUAGUAUGACAACUGGUGACACAAUCGAGCCAGCAUAUGGAGGAAGCCGUGAGUCUUUCCUUAGCAAUGUGGUUACCCCCAUAUAUGAAGUCAUACGUGAGGAAGCUGAGAAAAACAAAUGUGGAACAGCUGACCAUACUACAUGGAGGAACUAUGAUGACCUGAAUGAGUUUUUCUGGUCUCCUGAUUGUUUCCAAGUAGGUUGGCCUAUGCGUACGAAGCAUGAUUUUUUCUGCACAAGUUCUCCUAAGAAGAGCAAAGUUAAGAAUUCUAGGAGUGCUAGAGAACAGAGGAAGGAAAAAGAAACUGAAGAUGAAGAACAGGGGUUAAACGAUGUAACUUCGGAGGAGAAUAGUGAACCAAAGUGGUUGGGGAAGACAAAUUUUGUAGAGAUCCGUUCCUUUUGGCAAGUUUUUAGGAGCUUUGAUAGGAUGUGGAGCUUUUUUAUACUAUCCCUUCAGGCAAUGAUAAUUAUGGCUUGCCAUGAUGUUGGAUCUCCACUUGAAGUGUUCGAUGCAGUAAUAUUGGAGGAUGUUAUGAGCAUCUUCAUAACAUCUGCGAUUCUUAAGCUCAUACAAGCAAUUCUAGAUAUUACCUUCACAUGGAAAGCAAGAAACACUAUGGAGUUAUCUCAAAAACGGAUACAAUUGCUAAGGCUUGCUUAUGCGGUGAUAUGGACCAUUGUUCUUCCUGUUGUUUAUGCUCAGUCUAGGAGGAAAUAUACUUGUUAUUCCACACAAUAUGAAAGCUGGAUUGGAAAAUGGUGCUAUUCUCCCUUUAUGGUUGUUGUGGUAAUAUACCUAAUAACUAAUGCAGUUGAUCUAGUCUUAUUUUUUGUUCCGGCUGUUAGCAAGUACAUUGAAAUCUCAAACUGGAGCAUCUGCAGAACUAUAUCUAGGUGGACACAGCCUAGACUAUAUGUUGGGCGGGGAAUGCAGGAGACUCAAAUUUCUCUUUUCAAGUAUACCUUUUUCUGGAUGCUAGUGCUCUCAACCAAGUUAGUGUUCAGCUACAGUUUUGAGAUAAAACCCCUAAUAGCACCAACAAGAGAAAUUAUGAAAAUUGGUGUGCAAACAUAUGACUGGCAUGAGCUUUUCCCCAAAGUAAGGAGCAAUGUUGGUGCUAUUGUGGCAGUGUGGGCUCCCAUAAUAGUUGUGUAUUUCAUGGACACACAGAUAUGGUAUUCUGUUUAUUGUACAGUCUGUGGAGGACUUUAUGGCAUUUUGCAUCAUCUUGGUGAGAUCCGGACAUUGGGAAUGCUGAGAAGUAGAUUUCAUUCCUUGCCUUCUGCAUUCAACCGCCUCAUCCCACCACCAUCAAAAAAGAGAACAAAAAGUUUCCUCCAGAACAUAUUUUGCAAGGUGUCCAAAAGUGAGGUAUUGGAUCUGAAGUUUGUUCUAGUCUGGAACCAAAUUAUCAGUAAUUUUAGAUCAGAAGACUUGAUAAGCAAUAGGGAAAUGGAUUUGAUGACGAUACCUACAUCUGGGCUGUUUCCUGAAUUUAUUCGCUGGCCUAUUUUCCUUCUUGCAAAUAAGUUUUCAACAGCACUAAGCAUUGCAAGAGAUUUUGUGGGGAAGGAUGAGAAACUUUUUAAAAGGAUUAGAAAAGAUGAGUACAUGUACUUUUGUGUAAAGGAGUGCUAUGAGUCGGUGAAGUACAUCCUUGAAGUUCUUAUUGUUGGUGACCUUGAAAAGAGGGUUGUAUCAAACAUCGUGAAUGAAAUUGAGCGAAGCAUUGCAGAAUCAACUUUUCUUCAAGAUUUCAAGAUGAGUGCACUUCCGGCUCUACAAAACAAAUUUGUGGAGUUGCUUGAAUUGAUAGCUGAGGGAGAUAAAAAUCAAAAUGGUAAAGUUGUGCAAGUACUCCAAGAUAUCUUUGAGCUCGUAACAAAUGAUAUGAUGGCAAACGGUCACAGAGUAGUGGAUUUGAUAGAAUGCUCCCAAGAAGCUGUGGAUGAUUUUACUGUUUUCUCUAGAAAGAUAGAACCACAAUUAUUUGAAUCUGCUGCUAGCAAGACCUCUAUAUGUUUUCCUUUGCCUGAUGAUGGCCCUCUUACUGAACAGAUUAAGCGGUUGCAUUUAUUGCUUACUGUCAAAGAUAAGGCAAUGGACAUACCUGCAAACUUAGAAGCCCGAAGGCGUAUUUCGUUCUUUGCUACUUCACUCUUUAUGGAUAUGCCUAGUGCUCCUGAAGUGUGCAGUAUGAUGUCUUUCAGUGUUAUGACCCCCCAUUAUAUGGAGGAUGUCAAUUUUUCGAUGAAGGAGCUACAAUCAAGCAAAGGACAAGUUUCUAUCAUCUUCUAUAUGCAAAAAAUCUUCCCAGAUGAGUGGAAGAACUUUUUGGAGCGUAUGGGAUAUCAAAACUUUAAUGAACUAAUAGAUGAUGGCAAGGAGGAAGAGAUUAGAAAAAAAAUUAAUGAACUAAUAGAUGAUGGCAAGGAGGAAGAGAUUAGAAAGUGGGCUUCUUUUCGUGGCCAAACGCUAAGCAGAACAGUUAGAGGAAUUAUGUACUAUAGACAAGCCUUAAAAUUACAAGCACUUCUUGAAAUGCCUGAGUAUAAAGACGUUCUUGAGGAUGUUAAUGUUUUUGAACGAAAUAAUCCCAAGUCAUCUGCGGAACUAGAUGCCUUAGUAGACAUGAAAUUCACGUAUGUUGUCUCUUGUCAAAUGUUCGGCUCACAUAAAUCUUCUGGGGACCCUCGUGCAGAAGACGUAAAGGAUUUGAUGAUAAGGUAUCCAGCUCUACGUGUUGCAUAUAUUGAAGAGAAAGAAGAAAUAAUAGGAGAUAAGCCUCAAAAGGUUUAUUUUUCUAUUCUGGCAAAAGCUGUUGGUACUUUUGAUCAGGUAAUCUAUCGCAUAAAGCUUCCUGGUCCACCAAUCAUCGGUGAAGGGAAGCCAGAAAAUCAAAACCAUGCCAUAAUCUUCACACGUGGAGAAGCUCUCCAAACAAUUGACAUGAACCAAGACAAUUAUUUGGAAGAAGCUCUUAAAGUGAGAAAUCUUCUGCAAGAGUUUCAUCAUAACCGUGGGCGGCGCCCUCCUACAAUACUUGGUCUGAGGGAAUACAUAUUCACUGAAAGUGUUUCUACUUUAGCAUGGUUUAUGUCGUAUCAGGAAACCAGCUUUGUCACCAUUGGUCAAAGGCUUCUUGCCAAUCCUCUCAGGGUUCGCUUCCACUAUGGGCAUCCAGAUGUAUUUGAUAGGCUGUUUCACAUCACAAGAGGUGGAAUAAGCAAAGCAUCAAAAACAAUAAACUUGAGUGAGGAUGUUUUUGCCGGAUUUAAUUCGACCCUGCGACGGGGAUGUAUUACAUAUCACGAGUACCUGCAAGUUGGCAAAGGUCGUGAUGUAGGUCUUAAUCAAAUCUCAAAGUUCGAGGCCAAAGUUGCUAAUGGGAAUAGUGAACAAACUUUAAGCCGUGACAUACACCGUCUUGGUCGUCGAUUUGAUUUUUUUAGGAUGCUAUCUUGCUAUUUCACAACCAUUGGAUUUUACUUCAGCAGCCUGAUUUCUGUACUCGGAAUUUAUGUGUUCCUCUACGGACAACUAUACCUUGUUCUUAGUGGACUAGAAAAGGCACUCCUCAUUGAGGCUAGAAUGAAAAACAUUGAAUCAUUGGAAACUGCUCUUGCUUCUCAAUCGUUUAUUCAGCUUGGUCUUUUAACUGGCUUACCAAUGGUAAUGGAGAUUGGACUUGAGAAGGGAUUUCUUACGGCCCUUAAAGAUUUUGUUCUUAUGCAACUGCAGUUUGCUGCUGUUUUCUUCACUUUUUCCCUUGGGACAAAAACCCAUCAUUUUGGUCGGACAAUUAUGUAUGGCGGAGCUAAGUAUAUACCUACCGGACGUAAGGUUGUGGUGUUUCAUGCCAGCUUUACUGAGAACUACAGAUUGUAUUCACGAAGCCACUUUGUUAAAGGAUUUGAACUGUUGCUCCUGUUAGUGGUUUACGAUUUGUUCCGGAGGUCCUACCAGAGUAGCAUGGCAUAUGUAUUAAUCACGUACUCUGUUUGGUUCAUGACCAUGACUUGGUUAUUUGCACCAUUUUUGUUUAAUCCUUCCGGAUUCGAAUGGGACGAGAUUGUAGAUGAUUGGAAAGGCUGGAAUAAGUGGAUCAAGGAGAAAGGUGGUAUUGGGAUUCAGCAAAACAAGAGUUGGCAAUCUUGGUGGAAUGAUGAACAAGCUCACCUUCGUCGUUCAGGAUAUGGUGCUAGACUGUUUGAAAUUCUUCUUUCGAUUCGGUUCUUCUUGUAUCAGUAUGGCUUGGUGUAUCAUCUUGACAUCUCCCAACAGAGCAAAAAUUUCCUUGUUUAUGUGCUUUCCUGGGUUGUGAUUCUGGCAGUUUUCCUGACGGUCAAGGCAGUGAACAUUGGAAGGCAACUUUUCAGUGCUCGUUACCAUCUGAUGUUUAGGUUCUUUAAAGCAUUCCUCUUCCUAAGUGUUUUCACCAUUGUUAUCACUCUCUCAGUCAUCUGUGAACUAUCGUCCAAGGAUUUACUUGUCUGCUGUCUUGCAUUUCUGCCGACUGGAUGGGGUCUGAUUUUGGUUGCUCAAGCUGUGAGGCCAAUUAUUGAGAACACCGGACUCUGGCAGUUCACUGAGGUAUUAGCUAAGGCAUAUGAUUACGGAAUGGGAUCGAUCCUUUUCUUUCCAAUUGCUAUAUUGGCAUGGAUUCCGAUCUUUUCGGAAUUCCAAACUCAAUUCCUUUUCAACCCGGCUUUUAAUAGGCAUCUCCAAAUCCAACCAAUUCUUGAAGGGAAGAAGAAGCAAAAAUAAAGUUCUGACAUUCAUAAACAUUCUGCCCAUUAAUUUAUUUGUACAUUUCAAAGAGAAAUAAUAUAUAGUUGUAAAUAACAAUGAUUCAUUACUCCAAAAUAAUACACCUCAAAAAAUUUCAGUAGAUAAA